CUCCCCCUCCAUAACCUGCCGGCUUGGUACGCUCCGUGCUGGAAGAAUCAUGGCGAUAGAUGGCAGUGAAAGAACGUGUGGAGUGAAUGAAUUAAUCUGUGUUCGGAAAGUGUCUCCUGAGGCUGUCGGUUUUCUCUCAGCAGUUGGUGUGUCCAUUGUAUUCCUCCUAUUGCUUUUUCUCUACAUUAACAAGAAAAUGUGUUUUGGGAAAAGUGGAGGCUUUCAUCACGGUGGUUCGGAAUUUUGCACAAAGAAUUCUCAAGGCCGAGACCUGCAUGGCUCGUCGUCAGAGAGUGAAGAUGAAGGUCUUGGUAAAUAUCAUGAAGCAAUGAGCCGGCUUCAUGGCUCUCGGCCUGCUUCAGACAAGCAGCAAAAUUACUCAUGGGAAACCAGGCAGAAGUAUAGCCCGUUGUCUGCAGAGUACGAUGGCUACAGCAGCGAGGUCUCUGCAGAUGAAGCUAACAGUAUCCAAAGAAUGAGGAGGACACCUCCACUAGAUGAACUACAGCCUCCGCCUUACCAAGAUGACAGUGGAUCUCCUCGCCUCUCCUGUACACCUUCUGAACUCGGGGACAGUAAAUGUGAACUGUCACAUGGUAGCAAUAGUCCCAGAUACUCAUAUAACAAGUGCCCCAGUGAGGGCAGUAUGGGACAUGAAAUAGAAAGCUUCCAGAACAAGGGAUAUGAGGAAGAUGUCCCAAGUGACAGCACAGCAGUUCUAAGCCCAGAGGAUUUGUCAGCCAGAGGAUCAUCUUCACAGCUUCCUAAGUCUUUUGAUCCAGAGCCAGUAGCUAAAUAUGGCACAUUGGAUGUAACUUUUGACUAUGAUUCACAAGAGCAGAAACUUCUUAUCACAGUGACAGCUGUCACCGACCUGCCCACAUACAACAGGACUGGGAACAGUAACUCCUGGCAGGUCCAUCUUGUUUUGCUUCCCAUGAAAAAGCAGAGAGCCAAAACAGGGAUUCAGAGGGGGCCUUGCCCAGUCUUCUCAGAGGCCUUCAAGUUCAAUCACAUAGAAUCGGAAAUGAUUGCAAAUUAUGCAGUCCGAUUUAGACUGUACCUGGUUCGUCGAAUUAAAAAGGAGAGAAUUGUGGGGGAAAAGGUUUUCUAUUUAACAAAGCUAAACCUUCAAGGAAAACUUUCUGUUCCAGUGCUGCUCGAACCUGCAUACAGUCUGUCGGGCUGCGAUUCCCAGAUGAGUAUGUCGGAAGUAUCGUGUAUGGAGAGUGCUUCCUCCUGUCAAUCACUGGUCCACAACACCGCUCCCGAAAUCCUCAUCGGUCUGCUUUAUAACGCCACCACGGGCAGACUUUCUGCAGAAGUGAUAAAAGGCAGCCACUUCAAAAACCUGUCAACCAACAGACCUCCCAAUGGACUGUUCUGUUGUCUUAAACACUUGAUAGGUGGACAGGUUUAUAUAAUUCGAGAUACCUACGUAAAGUUAACACUGCUGAAUUCCAUGGGCCAGGAAAUGUCAAAAUGUAAGACAUCAACGCGAAGAGGCCAGCCCAACCCCCUGUACAAAGAAACCUUUAUUUUCCAAGUAGCCCUGUUUCAGCUGUCGGACGUGACUCUCAUAUUGUCUGUCUAUAACAAGCGCAGCAUGAAGCGCAAAGAGAUGAUAGGUUGGAUAUCCCUAGGUUUGAACAGCUCAGGCGAUGAAGAGCUUAGUCAUUGGACUGAAAUGAAAGAGUCAAAAGGACAGCAAGUAUGUAGAUGGCACACGCUGCUUGAAUCCUAAUUGCCGUCAAGAGGUCUCUUGUGACUCAAGAGAGCUCAUCUGCUCUUUUGAAAGGACAGGAUGUAAUUUAGCCACCUGCAGAAGAUUGCUCCUUGCAGGUAAUGGGUUUUACAUGCCGCGGAAAGCUCAGUACACAUCAGAGAUGAGGUUUCACGCACAGUAGUGCGCUCUCCCCGGACGUCUGAGCGGAGAUGGAUAGAAGACGUGAGCUGCAGCAAACCGGAUCUCUAGACAUGAUAUCAACCAUUUCUUUAGGUGCUUUUCUUAUUUUGUCUGAUGAAACUGUUUUGUACAAUGUCCCCGCUGAUUAACAUGACCCGUCCUGGUUCUAUAAAAUGGAAGAGUAACGUAAAAAAAAGAACCUUUGAAGGCACAGAUGCCUUUAGUUUGGUUUUCAGUCUUAUUUUUACAGCAAUGUGCAACUUUGUUAGCGUUCUCUUCUAUUUCUGUUCUCGCACGGAGUAGUAAGGUAGAAAAGCUACAUACCACAAGUACUUACUAGCCUAGCCUAGAGCUACGUGGGCGAUUUUUAAUCACCAGUAAGAGAUUUAACUCCUUCUGGGCAAUUGUUUCAUUUGCAGUGCAUUGAUUUUAACAGAAGCAGUUGUCAAGGGUUAAAUCUCUUACUAACCAGUGAUUUCAAUCACUCAUGUAGCCCUAGCCUAACCUGUAAUGGCCUUAGGAUAUUUUAGAUUGAUUGGAGGCUUGAAGGCUGAACCACCCACUGUGGAAAGAUUACUGCAUCGGAGUUUCCAGCUGCCACCCGCUGCAAUUAUUAGGAGGACUUACUCUUAUCACUGUGGUUUAUGUCGGGGGUACAAGGUUAGCACUCUUGCCUUGCAGAAUCCUAAUUGUGCUAGGGACUCUAUAUGCAAAGAAUGUGCAUAUUCACCCUGUGUUUGUGUGGGUUUACUACCCUAGUCCAAAAAAAUUAGAUUAUAUGUUCCUUCCAAAUCAGCCCCAUAGCGUGGGCUGGAACCAAACCAAAUGGUUGUAUUCCUUGUAGAACACUGGAAUUAGUGUCCACUUAUAGAUUAAUUCUGCAUUUUAGUGAUUGCAGCUGGAAUAGCAAGACUCCCAUGCUUGGCAGCUAGGAACUCUAGCUGGUAGAUAUUGCUGCAGGUGUCCUCGAGAGACAGAAGUGUCUAAUAGGUUGUUCAGCUCAUAAAAAUGCAAUCAGGGCACAAAUGUCAAUCAUGGUUGGUUUUACCAAAAAAUUAUGUUUUGACCGAUUCUGAUCAGGCUCUAUCUUCAGAGCAAGUAACUGAUUACGAAUGUUGAAUUUAUUUAAAUGUCCCGAUUUUUCUACAAUUCCAACAGUUUGCUUCUGACAAAAUUGUCCUGUCGGUAUUCUUUAGCCUGAGGUAGGGACAUUAGAUUGUAAGCUCCUUUGGUGCAGGGACCAAUAUAAAAGAAUAAAUGCGUUGUGAAUGUACAGCUUUAAAUACUAUGUUGGUUUUACAUAAUAAGCACAAAAAUGUUCUAAGCUAAACCACAGGCAUAGUACAUUCAGAAUUAUAAGAUAUGUUCAACUUUAAGAUCAAUACUAAAGCUUAUCUCCAGGCAAAUAUAAAAUUACAAAUAAAGCAGUUAUGUAUUUAUUAAAAAAAAUAUAUAUAUAUUUAUAAAUGCAACUUGUUUAAGUACUUUAAUCUGUCUUGAUAUAAGCCUCCUAUGAUCCCCCAUACAUUACCACCAAGACUUGAACAGGGAGGUUCAACACUAGGAACCAAUAAGGCUUUGCAACAGUGGUCAUGUGCAUGACAGAAGAAGUGAACACAGGCAUGACUUCAACAGUGUGCUGUUUCCCCUUAGUUGUCCAAUCAGUAAGCUGGGGUUGUCAAGUAUCAUUGUAGAGCAGUAGUUGUAGGGGAUGUGGAGGGGUGGCUGGAUAGCAAGGCUGAAUGCAGAUAACUAACAGUUCUCAUAUAUGGCUCCCAAACUUCCUCUGUUUUCAGGAGCAUCAUGGGUGUUUAACCACUUGAGAACCAGCCUAUGUUGCCCCUUCAUUACCCGCCAAUUUUUUCUUUUUUAGUCAUGUGAUAUGUUUACAUUUACUCAUGAAACACUGUGCCCAAAUCAUUUUAUUUUAUUUUUUGAGACAGAGCUUUCUUUUGUUGGUAUUUUUUUAUGGUAAAAUGUAAAAAAGGCCAACAAUUUUGAAAAAAAGUUUCUCUUUCUGUUAAAAUGAAAAUGCCAGGAAAGUAUGUACACACCCAAAAUUACCACUUUUUAGUAAAGUAUGCUCCCCAACGUGAUCUCUCUUUUUAGCUCAUUUGUUAGAAUUGAAAAAAACAUACUGAUAUUUAGGUGGUUUAAACAUGAAGCUUGGUUGUGGUGCACCUAGAUGUGUAUAAAGGUCAUACACAGAGUGAGAAGGUGGUGAAGAGGUUGAUGUUCGGGUCACAUACAAAAGAGGAUGGAGAUGAAGGGGUAAUGUACAGAAUAAGGGAGGUCAAGGGUUAAUAUACAGAUCAUAUUAUGACAUGAUUUAGAGCAGAUGUAAGGGAGAGGAGGGAGGAUAAAAGGGUUAAAAACAAUUUUGUAGUGAUCUGUGCUGUAAAUAGAAACAAAUAAAUGUAUUCAUUCAUUAGUUCCUUUUUCCUCCCCUUCCUUGUAAGAGGAAGGACGGGCUCACAGAUGUAAACACUACACUGUUUACAUUAUGUGAUCACUAUAAUUAGUUUCUAUGACCAAUCACUGUGAUUCCAAGGUACAGAGGUGCUCUGAUCGACUCUGUACCCAGCCAUCCGAGGACUGCUUGGUUUCAGGCAUCAAUGAAUGAAGCAGGCACCCGGACUUUAAAGUGUUCUUAAAUCCUAAUAAAAAAAAAAUAGCUUGUGGUUGGUUCCUGUCUUUGGGCAGCUCUGUCCCCUUUACAGAGUCACUCGGCUGGCACUAGAGACCAGUCUCCUUAUGCUGCAUGUGUUUACAGAAGCGAACAACCCUGAAGCCUAUGGUGCAAGCCAUUCCCCUGUUCUCACCUCUUCCAAGUGAGUGACUGGCAGGAUCAGGUAUUGGCGCUGUCCUUUCAGAACUACCAGUAGUGCCUGUGAGGUACGCAUGAUGCACCGGAAGUCUGGAAAAGCAGCACUGUGCGACCUUUACUAUAGUAAAUAAUCUAAGUGUCUGUGCUGACAUAUCCCCCGAAUUAUAAGACAGGUGUUUACAAAGUUGUCUAAAAUGCAAUAAUUAAAACAACUGAAAGCAUUUAAUAAAAA